UCACUCUGGUACUGGCAAUAAAAAGCUCAGUAUACUUUGGAUAACUCGGACCGAUCGGAUUGUUUUCUUGUAAUAUUCUAAAAAGAAGGAAGAAGUAUCAAGGAAGAAAAAACAGUAAAUGAAAUAAAAAUGUGCUUCGAGUAUAUUCAUUAUAAGAUGGGAAAAAAUCUAUCGACGAGUUUGUUAAUUCGAUGAUCAUCAUGGCAGCUCUCGUACGUCUUAAAAGAGGUAGCGUUCAACUGAGACACGCGGCUCUCGAAAUGAAAGCUGCUGUCAGAGCACGACAUAUCGUAGCUGCGCUGGUAGCAAUGGGAUUUGCAUUGUGCGGUGCAGUCGAAGUGAGCUCAUCCGUUGCAUUAUUGGCCAAACAGGAGGACAACCAUGCUAUCAUCGACACGUCCUGGCAUUGUGACAUGCUGGUCAAUAUCAGUAGUCGAAAUCGUACGGAGGAUUUUGAAGUUAUUCUAUUAGAGUUACCACCGGAAGAAAGAACGGAGUCGAUAAUGCGCGAAGCUUUUUUAUGGGGUCAAGUAGCUGGACCGAUAUUAGGAGGUUGUUUGGUUUGGGGUAGAUCAGGUCCAUCGAUGGUAUUUUCUCGAGCGGUAUUAAGUGCUUGUUUGGCGUCCUUGUUGGUACCAGCAGCUUGGAGAGGACCGUCCCACGUAGCACUUCGUCUUUUUCAAGGACUUUGUACGGGUGCAACUAUGCCAGCUGCUCAUAUGCUAGCUAUGACCUGGUUUAAGAGCAACCAUAGGAGUUCGUAUUUCAGCUGUUACGCGGCUGUCAGCGUUGGAUACUGUUUAACCGGUUGGAUAGGUACAGCAGUGGUUAGAACAUUCGGACGUGAUUCCCUUUGCUACGGUUUGGUAUUCCUAGCCCUUUGUUGGUAUUUCGCUUUUGGUCGAUUCGUCAAGGAUACUCCGAAAUCUUAUCAGCACGAUACUAACGCUGCUGUCAUCCCUUGGGGAAAAUUAUUAAGAUCUGUACCAGUUUGGGCAUCAGCAGUAGCGACUAUGGGCAAUCAAUGGGGCGAUGCUACACUCGCCCUUGGAAUGACAAAAUAUUUGAAACUCAUAUAUGGAUUCUCUACAGCUAACGAUUCCGUAUUGACUACUUUACCUCACAUAGGACACUUCAUGGCUGCGUUAACUUGUGGUCUAUUGGUAGAUCACGUUCGCGAGUCUAGAAUCGUAUCAACGACUACAGCUAGAAAAUUGGUCGUCUACACAGCUCACUUUAUACCAGCAGCGUUACUCUUCGUAGCAGGAUACGCGGGUUGUCAAGCAUUAGGGGCAGCCUGGUUAGGUAUUGCGGCACUUUUGGUGUCCGGUACAGCACCAGCCGGUGCUCUUGCUGCCAUAGCUGAUCUUGCACCAGCCGAAUCGCCGGCUUGUGCUGCAGCAGCUUGUGCUCUUUGUUCCACUUUAGGUGCAGCAGGUUUACUGGCUGCUAAUUAUUUCGUCACGCAAGCUCUUCAUGGUUCGAUCGCUGGAUCUUGGCGACUGGUCUUUGGCGUAGCAUCGGUCGUUCUAUUGUCAACUGCAGCUGUAUUUUUAGCGUUAGGCAAAGGUGUGCCACAACCAUGGAUACCAUCGGUAGCACGUCCACGUAGUCACGACGUUAUUUAUGAACAGGAUCCUCUCGAACUCGAUUACGAGGAUGUCGCCGUACAAACCGAACCCUUCAGUCAUUAUUCUUAUGACGAUGACGUCGAAAGUCUUAAAAAUUUACCACGCAGUUCCUCGAUUCAUUCGAAAAUCUCAGCGAUUUCUAUUAAUCAACUAUCAUAAAGAUUCUCACGAGAUCGUAUCUCCUGAUUUUUCACAUAACUCUCAUACAUAUAGGUACCACGUAUCAAUAACUGUACAUACAUACGUAGAAAUAUACAUACAUACAUACAUACAUACAUACAUACACACAUGCAUACGUACAUGCAAUUAACCAACUAUCACCUAAUGAAAUCUUAUUAGCAAACUCACAAAUGUUAAUUAUUUCUAUUUCGUAUAUUUCUGUAUAUAUCUAAUUGUUUAUUAAAAUGGACGAAAAUUU